CUGAGCAAAUAAAUCCCGAAGGCGUCAGCUCCUUAGCUCCAUAGCUAGAGAGAGAACUAAUCCACUCUUGUUGAAAUCUGGCAAGUCUCACUACAAUCAGCGAUCAAUUGCUGGAUUAUUUCUUAAUCUUUCAGGAUGGGAGAAGUGGCCGAGACGUAUACUGUAGAUGAUGCUCUGAUUUCACUGGGAUUUGGGAAGUUCCAAACCUUCGUGCUUAUUUAUUCUGGAGUUGCUUAUGCUGCAGAAGCAAUGGAAGUGAUGAUUCUGUCUUUUAUUGGUUCAGCUGUUCAAUCAAAGUGGAAUCUUUCUCCUCAUGAAAAAAGUCUUAUUUCAAGCGUUGUUUUUGCUGGUAUGCUUGUGGGAGCUUAUUCUUGGGGUGUAGUUUCUGACAACUAUGGAAGGAGGAAGGGAUUCCUUUUUACAGCACUAGUGACUAGUGGGGUUGGCUUUCUCAGUACAUUUUCCCCUAAUUACAUUGCUUUGGUCAUCUUUCGUUUUUUUGUUGGUGUUGGAUUGGGGGGAGGACCUGUUCUUUUCUCCUGGUGUCUUGAGUUCGUUCCUGCUCCUAAUAGAGGUGCCUGGAUGGUGGUAUUUUCCUUUUUCUGGAGUAUUGGCACAAUCUUGGAGGCUUCGCUUGCAUGGGCAAUCAUGCCCACAUUAGGCUGGAGGUGGUUGCUAGCGCUGUCCUCUUUGCCAUCAUUUCUGUUGCUUAUAUUUUAUGCCUUCACGCCUGAAUCACCAAGGUAUCUCUGCAUGAAAGGAAGAAAAUCUGAUGCAUUGCGUGUUUUAGAGAGCAUGGCUAGAAUGAACAAGAAAGCUCUUCCUUCUGGUGAACUUACCUCUGACGGAAAGGCGGACCCUCAAGAUUUUGAUGAAAAUACCCAACGCGCUCAUGCAGAACAAGUCCACAAAGCUGGAUCUUCUUUUAGUGAAGAUGUGGCGUCUAAGGUCAAGUGUGUAGGUUCACUGUAUAAGCUUCUAGCACCAAAGCUAAUCAGAACAACUCUUCUUCUAUGGAUGGGCUUUUUUGGAAAUGCUUUUACAUAUUAUGGUGUUAUCUUGCUAACCUCUGGAUUAAGUGAUGGAAAUUCAAAAUGUCGGUCAACAACAUCGCAUAAUAGUACAAAAGAAGGAACCCGUCUUUACAAAGAUGUGUUCAUCACUAGCUUGGCUGAGCUUCCAGGUCUUUUUUUAUCAGCUGUGAUUGUUGACAGGAUUGGUAGAAAGCUUUCAGUUGCAACCAUGCUGUUUAUCACUUUUUCUUUCUUGCUUCCAUUGAUUUUUCAUCAUAAAGAAUUGACUACAACAGCGCUUCUAUUUUGUGCUCGGAUUUGCAUAACAGGAAGCAUCACCACUCUUUCGAUAUAUGCUCCAGAGAUUUAUCCUACCUCAGUAAGGAGUACAGGUUACGGAACUGCGAACUCGUUUGGGAAAAUUGGUGGGAUCAUUUGUCCCAUUGUUGCGGUUGGCUUGGUAGAUGAUUGCCAUCUAUUAGCAGCUGUUCUUCUAUUUGAAGGUGUCAUAUUUUUGACAGGUCUGGCUGUAAUCUUAUUCCCCUUUGAAACCAAGGGCUGUGAGCUAAAAGAUUCUGUGGAGAGUUCAGUCUCUCCUGCCUGAUUCCUGAUUGCAGCUUUCAGAUUUCUCUGGUCCUGUUUUUCAACUGUAAUGUGAAUUGAUUCCAUUGUCAAUAGUAUGAAAUUAUUUAUCGUAGGCUUCGUUUGGGACGGCUUUCUUACUGCUGCUUAAAAUAGUUUUUAGUACAAAAGUUAAAAUUUAUGUACUCGAAAGCUUCUUUAAGAAACAGUAAAAACCAGAGCUUUUUCUCCGAUUGUUAA